AUCGAUUCCAUAUUACUGUACGUAUUUUGGCUAUUGAUAAUUACAUUUCCAUCAAUGGUCAGGUUUCAAAGACUAUAUAUAUCGCAAUUAUGAAAAGAGUAUCUCACAUUCUCAUAUUAUGGAAGGAACUUCUCGAACACUUCCUUACACCAUAAGAUUCGUUGGUUUACUUGGCAGUCAUUCUCUUGGUAAAACUCCAAAGUUUAUGGCUACUGCAGUAGAUUUAGGAAGAGAAUUAAUAAGGCGAAGAAUUAGUCUUGCUUAUGGAGGAGGCAACGUUGGCCUACAAGGAGCUGUUGCUUCAAUAGUCUUCAACAAUGGUGGUCUCGUCAGAGGUUUCAUUCCUGGGUACAUAGCAACACGACGGGUCUACGGACCUACAUAUGGCGUAGAGCACACAGUUUCCAGCAAUUACUACAAAUAUUUUGAGAUGAAUCAUGCUGUGGAAGCUUUCAUCGUUCUUCCCGGAGGAGUUGACACUAUGGAAGGUUUCUUCACCUUGAUCUCGUGGGCUUCUGAAGGGUUACACAAUAGACCCAUUGGUCUUUUAAACAUUGACGGUUAUUUCAAUAACCUUCUCAAAUUCUUAGAUGAUGCGGUGAGGCAGAACUUCAUGGCUUCCAGUCAGAGGAAACUUUUUAUUUCUUCUUUCUCUGUUGACGAGCUUUUAGACAAACUAGAGUUUGCUAAAGCUUUCCCGGAUGGGGUUAGUUAUGAUGAGUUUGUGAAUCCUGGGAGAUUAGACUUAGAAUUGCAUUUGUAACAUUCCUCAUAUGAUCCAAGUUGUAUGUUGAAAUGAUAUUUUCCAUAAAUAUUAUUCUAGGCU